AUGAUGAAUCAAGCGCUUUGGUCGGUGUGCAUCGUAGCGUUGCUGUGUGCGGUGAAUGGACUUCCAAGAAGUGGCAUCCGUCGAUCGCUUCUAGGUUUCAUUUUGAUCCCUUCUUCCAAACAUUUUCAAAGAGGAGUUGUGUUUUAAUUGAAAUAUUUUUUCAAUUCCGUUCUUUUAGAAUUUCGUAGGCAUAUGCGGCGGUUUGUUCCCUGACCACCGUUUCAAAAGAAACGCGUCACAGUUAAUUUUUUGCUGUCUAACAGCCUGUACCUUAACUCUCAAAUUGAAUCAAGGGUUUUGUUGAUGAGAAACGAAAAGAAUCGACAGGACACGGCGGCGACUGCAGUCGGGCGUCGCUCGAGUCGUUCUGCACGAAAGAGGACGAGCUCUGUCUCAGGACGGCCUGCAGUCACUGCAUCCUCCGCGACCCCUUCAAUCCUUUUUGUGAGCCAACUUUUGUUUUCCCUCAUUCCAAGCUUUCACUUCUGAAAAGUCAGCAGACCAUAUAAAUAACCGGUAGUUUCCAUUUUUUCUCUCUCAAAUUUUUUUUUUCUUUUGAGCAAAAUCAGACGCCGUUAAGAUUCAUAACAGCUACAUAAGCGGUCUUUCCACUCGAAACUUUGAAAUUUGCUGAUAGUUUUUUGAAACUCUUGACAUAAAAUGGGAAAAUUUUGAAAAACCGCAAAAUUCGUUAAGAAUUUUUCAGUUGUUGCAGUUUUAUCAAAGAAGAUGAUAUUUCCUAUUUUAUAAAAAAGUCACGCUCAAGAAGUUUUUGAUCGAAGGGAAUCGCAUUUGCAGCGUCGUUCUGCAUGCGACUGACGACGUGCGUCUGCUCGAUCAGUCCGGACGCCGACUGCGUCGCGAAAAUCGAGAACGGCUGCUACUGA